AUGGGGGCCCCCCGUUCUGGGCCGGGGGGCGUGCGAGUCGGGGCCCUGCUGCUGCUUGGCGUUUUGGGGCUGGUGUCUGGGCUCAGCCUGGAGCCCGUCUACUGGAAUUCGGCGAAUAAGAGGUUCCAAGCAGAGGGUGGUUACGUGCUGUACCCUCAGAUCGGGGACCGGCUAGACCUCCUCUGCCCCCGGGCCCGGCCUCCUGGCCCCCACUCGUCUCCUAAUUACGAGUUCUACAAGCUGUACCUGGUUGGGGGUGCCCAGGGCCGGCGCUGUGAGGCACCCCCUGCCCCCAACCUGCUCCUCACUUGUGACCGGCCAGACCUGGAUCUCCGUUUCACCAUUAAGUUCCAGGAGUACAGCCCUAACCUCUGGGGCCAUGAGUUCCGCUCGCACCACGAUUACUACAUAAUUGCCACUUCCGACGGGACCCGGGAAGGCCUGGAGAGUUUGCAGGGAGGCGUGUGCCUUACUAGAGGCAUGAAGGUGCUUCUCCGAGUGGGACAAAGUCCCCGAGGAGGGGCCGCCCCCAGAAAGCCUGUGUCUGAAAUGCCCGUGGAGCGAGACCGGGGGGCAGCCCACAGCCUGGACCCUGGGAAGGAGAACAUGCCAGGUGACCCCACCAGCAAUGCAACCUCCCGGGGUGCUGAAGGCCCCCUGCCCCCUCCCAGCAUGCCCGCGGUGGCCGGGGCAGCGGGGGGGCUGGCGCUGCUCUUGCUGGGCGUGGCAGGGGCUGGGGGUGCCAUGUGCUGGCGGAGACGGCGGGCCAAGCCUUCGGAGAGUCGCCACCCUGGUCCUGGCUCCUUCGGGAGGGGAGGGUCUCUGGGCCUGGGGGGCGGCAGUGGGAUGGGGCCUCGAGAGGCUGAGCCUGGGGAGCUAGGGAUAGCUCUGCGGGGCGGUGGGGCCGCAGAACCCCCGUUCUGUCCCCACUAUGAGAAGGUGAGUGGUGACUAUGGGCAUCCUGUGUACAUCGUGCAGGAUGGGCCCCCCCAGAGCCCCCCCAACAUCUACUACAAGGUAUGAGGGCUUCUCCUCCAUGGCUCUUCUGGAUCCAGCCCUUCUCGGUGGGCGGGGCUCCCCCUCCAGUGAGUCAAAGCUGGAGGGACACCUCUAGCGUCCCCUCGGCCCCUCGCCCCACAAACUCCUCUGCCCCCGCUGUUGUGGACCCCUCCCCCACGUUUAGGACUCCCCACGACUCCCACCCUCGGUUGGCCUUGCGUGGUCCCCCACAGAGACUCAAGUGUCCUCUUCUGACCGUGACCCAGCCGUCCUUGUGCCCCCACACACCCAGAGCUAGGGGUGGGGACAGUCUGCCUUUUGGUUGGCACCUCCUCCUUUCUGCCUCUCACUGUUUUUCUCUUCUUUUCUCUUCUCUCUCUCUCUGUCUCUCUCUCUCUCUUUCGGAUUCUCCCUCUCUCUUUCUCUCCUGUCUCUAGGUCUGUUCCUCUCCCUAGCGACCCCCUCCCUGCGUCUCCUUUUACCCUCUUGGCUUCCUCUCCUCCGCCUCUCCCAUCUCCCGGGUGGGGG